AUGGUCGAAAAGAAGCCCAACCUGGCAAUCGACUUCCAAGACUAUCUCGCCUUGAAAAAGGUCCUCUUUGACUGGGCAGACAGCUACGAUGCCAAGGAUUGGGACCAACUUCGAAGCAUCAUCGCCCCGACUCUCACUGUCGACUACACGCAGAUCGGUCUGCGCAAAUGGAUCGACAUGUCAGCCGAAGACUAUAUGGCUAUGGUCACCGAUAUUGACUUCCUGGGUGACCCAACCAUCAAGACCCAGCAUCUGCUCGGCGAGUCCUGGUGGGAGAAGGUCUCCGACACAGAGGUCAUUGGCCACCAUCAGCUUCGGGCCGCCCACCAGGUCUACACGGACAGCAGCUUGCAAACGGUCAAGCUCAAGGGGCAUGGGCAUGCCACCAAUGAGCACUACUACCGCAAGGUCGAUGGCGUGUGGAAGUUUGCCGGCCUGAAACCUACCGUGCGGUGGAAUGAGUACCAGUUCGAGGAUGUUUUCCGUGCGGCGAAGUGA